AUGCCAAUGCCUCCUUCUAACCAUCCUUCAUCACUAAACCAAACAAAGCAUGAGAAUGAACGAACCUCUUUGGUCUUUGAUGCCCCAGUUCUACAAUAUGAGUCCAACAUACCACCCCAGUUCAUAUGGCCAGACAACGAAAAGCCAUGCCCCGAUCGACUAGAGCUUCUAGUUCCUCCCAUUGACCUGAAAGGCUUUCUCACCGGGGAUGCUUCGGUUGUCUCCGAAGCCAUUCGUACCGUCGACGAGGCAUGCAAGAAACAUGGAUUCUUUCUCAUUGUGAAUCAUGGAGUUGAUUUCCAACUCAUAGAAAAAGCUCAUGAGUACAUGGACGCGUUCUUCAGCAUGAAACUCGCGGAGAAGCAAAGGGCUCAGAGAAAGGUUGGUGACAGCUGCGGAUAUGCUAGUAGCUUCACUGGCAGGUUCUCCUCCAAACUUCCUUGGAAAGAAACUCUUUCUUUCAGAUCCUGUGCUGAUAGCCAGUGCUCAACAAUUGUGAAGGACUAUUUCGUGAAUGUGAUGGGUGAAGAUUUCGCAGAAUUCGGGAAGGUGUACCAAGAAUAUGUUGAAGCCAUGAACAAUCUCACUAAUGGAAUCAUGGAGCUACUAGGACUAAGCCUAGGAGUUGGUCGAGAGUAUUUCAAAGAAUUCUUCGAAGGAAAUGAUUCCAUAAUGAGGUUGAACUACUAUCCAAUAUGCCAGAAACCAGAUUUAACCCUAGGAACUGGUCCUCACUGUGAUCCCACAUCGUUGACGAUCCUGCAUCAGGACCAAGUUGGUGGCCUUGAAGUGUUUGUUGAUGAAAAGUGGCAUGCCAUCACUCCUAUCCUUGAUUCCUUCGUUAUCAACGUUGGUGACACAUUUAUGGCUCUAUCAAAUGGGAUAUACAAGAGCUGCUUACACAGAGCAGUUGUAAACAACAAAACUGUAAGGAAAUCACUAGCUUUCUUUCUUUGCCCAAACAAAGACAAAGUGGUGACCCCGCCAACAAGCUUGGUCGAUACUGAAACACCAAGGUUGUAUCCUGACUUCACUUGGCCUAGUCUGCUCGAGUUUACACAGAAGCACUAUAGGGCUGACAUAAGAACCUUGGAUGCUUUCUCUGACUGGAUUUCACAGAAUAGCAACUAA